CGUCCCAUUUGCAGAGGAGCUGUUAAAUUUAGAAGAAUUCGCCCUGAAGCUUAAAACCAAGGAGGGCAGGACAAGCACCAGAGACCUUGCAGCCCUCCUACUCAUCCCAAGAUACCACUCGUUCCUCACCAGAGUGGAUAAUGCAGGCCCAGAUGUCCCCCAGCAACAAAAAAGUCCUGGCAAUCCUCUACACCACGGCCCUCAGCCAACUCAACUGUCUUAAGCAAGUCCUCGGCGCUACCGUCGUGGUCGACUUCCAACUAUAUUUGGACACUGUGCUCGAAAAUUUUAAAAAGUUUAAGGAAAAGCAGGCCCAGUUUGUCACGCAGGAAGAAAGAGAUCAAUACGACAAAACCUUCAAUAAGAAGAUAGAACAAGCCAUGAAAUUCAUUGAUGAAACGGUUAAUCCAGCCAUUGAUGAUGUCGAGAAGGAGGUAAAAUCUACGUCGAAUGAUCUCCUGACCACCGUCGUACAUCAAGAGGCAGAGGCCAAGAACAACGUAGAGCAGGCAAAAAUUAGAGUUCAAAGGAUGAAGGAAACUAUGGUGAUGAGACAUGUCUUCUCUGCCCUGAAAAUCGGAGCCUCCGUCGUGUCAAUGCUGGGACCUCAGGGGGCAGCAAUUGGGGGCGCUAUCGGUACAGCAGCAUCCAUCGGGGAGCAGUUCGUUGUGGGGAGUAAUAUCCCCAAAUCUAGAGCGCAGCUACCCUUGCCUCCAUCCGUGGGGAAAUACGCAUUGAAUAUGGAAGCUAAAAUGAAAUCUUGGAACGAAGGAAAGAUGAAGGAGUUGGACGUUCUACUGGAGACGACUAAAAAAGCCAUAGGUGAAAACAAGGUGGCCAUGGAGGAUGUGAAAAAGAAUGUGGACGAGUUGCAAAAGUCGGUGGAUGAAUAUGAGGCAAACAAGAAAGACAAAGACAUUCUCACGUAUUUGGACAGAAAAAAGAAAAUUGAAGAACAUGAGAAAAAUUUGAAGGAUGUGCUGGAAAAGAAGAAGGUGGAGUUGGAGGACUUGCAAAAAGGGACAGAAACCCAAAAACAGAAAGCCAAAGAAUACGGGGACAAAGCCUUGAAAGCAAUCGGUUACAUAAAAAGCGCCAUCACCAAUACCGCCGAGCUUGGCUACGAGCUGUAUAAUACCAUCAAAAACGAUGAAGUCAAGAUGAACGAGCUGUCUGACGAGGUCGAAAAAGCUAAGCAAGAUGUCGAAAAAUUACAAAAAUACAAGGCCGCAAUUACUGAGACACUCGAACCCUUGGUAUCCUCCAUAGCCACAGAUUUACAAGGUGUCACUGAAAAUUUGGGAGGUAAAUCCGCCGUUGCUUUGCAAGUUCAAAAAUGGCAAGUUAAACAGAAGCUGACAGAGUUCAAAGACUUUCUCCAAGAUUUCUCCGAAGGAUACGCCGAAGCUAAAAAAUUUUCCCAAGCUGUCGACAAGCUAUCUGAAGGUGUCACUCUAAUUAUCGACUUGUACGAUUUCAUUGAGAAAUAUCACGACCAAAUGGAGUUUGCCAAUUAUUUGGCAAACAUUAAUUCCCCAGAUGCACUUAACCUUGUCAUUGGGAAUGAGGACGGGGUGGUGAGCUACAUAAACAAGGUCCAAGUAGCCCUCCAAGCUUCCAUCCUCCUCUCACAAUUUGAACGAACCGUACAAACUUUUAGGCAAUGGGUGUUCCCUUACGCUCAAAUUUACGAGAAUGACUUCAACACGAAAGAACUUCCCAACUAUCUCGACCCUACUUCCAGCAUUACCUCGCCAAAGGAAAUUGAGCUCUUCCUCGUGGACUUCUUGGGAGACAAGGUCACGCAUUUACGCAGCAAGAUUAAAGAAUACGAAUCAACCGCUGUCGGUGCAAUUGACGAUACGUUGAAGCAGACAGUAUUCAACUCUGAUUCCAAAUCUACUCUACCAUUUUAUUCCUGGAAAGCGGCAGGUCGAGAGAAUAGUGAUCGCGACGUGAUUAAGCAACUCUUUUCUGGGGAGAAAGUCUUCAUAUCAGUUUCACCGGAUUUCUCCUAUUCGCGGGGCAGAGCGGCAGUAAAAUUUCAAAUUGCAGAGUUUCAACCAAAUGCAUCUGACCGAGGGAGACAGGCGAAACUGAAGGACAUCUUGGAUGAAAUCAAGGUGGAAAUGACCCACUCUGGCGCUUCGCGAUAUAUGUUUGAUGACAAGAGCUUUGAAAUGGUGGGAGACAAUGUAACGCUUAAAUACAACUUUGAACGGGACCCCAACACGCGUGAAAGGAUUGAAACUAACUUGAUCUACAAAAAGGUCAAACAAGGGGAUUUUAUUCUGAGUCCGUUCACCAUGUGGGCGGUACAAUUUCUUCCAGCAACUGGCCGAAAUAGGCUAAGCGAAUUGGUCGAGAUGGCUGAGUACGUGGACCUCGAGUUAAUCGGAAGUGGUAGUUAUGUGGAUGAAUGGGAGAGAAAAAAUGAAAAUGUGCGAAGAAUCUCGUUCUAUGAAAUGCCGAUGCCACUUCACUUUACCAAAUUUGAAGUUUCUUCUACAAGAAUGCUACCGACAUCAUUUUACUAAAAUGUGGAUAUAGUUGACAAAUUGGAUUCAGCAAGAUCAAUAUAAGAAAUAUAAUUGAUUCAUUGGUUGUUUUAAUUUGACACUAUGGGUUUCAAUAAAAAUUUUGUUGAAAAAUAUGUACACACAGUAAAGUAGUUAUAAACAAACGCUAUAUAUUAUUAUUUAGCUAAUUACAUAGGUAAAAGUAUCCAGACUGGGUAUCAUUGAGCUCUAUGAGUAAUUUUAUAAGGCCCAUGUAAAAUUAGUCUCAUGAUAUUUAUAAAGAUGAUAUGGUGCCGACGACAAAAAUAUUUGAAUUAAAAAUUUGGUUACUUCCUCA